UCCACACAGGGUGAUCACAACAAUCAAGUGAAUAAUAAUCCAAAAUCCAUUUGCAAAAUAUUUUCAAUAACAAUUGUUAACAAUUAACACAAUUUUUUACAAUGCCAGUUCCUCCUCCGCCAGUUGGUGUCUCUCCACCUCCUCCACCAACCUCAACAGUUCAAGUAAAAGCUCCAUCUGCAGGUAGAGCCAAUCUUUUAAGUGAUAUUAACAAGGGAGCCAGAUUGAAGAAAGUCCCAGAAAGUGAAAAGAAAAUUCGUGAUGGUGCCUUGUUAGAUGCUCCAAAAGGAGGUGGUGGUGGUGGUUCUGGAGGUGGUGGUGGUGGAUCAGCACGUCCUCCUACUUCAGGUGGUGGUGGAUCAUCAUAUGGUGGUGGUAGUAGUGGUGGUGGUGGUAUGGGAGGUGGAGGUGGUUUCGUCCCAACUGGUAAUCCAAUGUUGGACGAAAUGAUGAAGAAGAGACAAAUGAAAGCAGGAGGAGGCGGAGGCAGCAGUACUCCACAAUCCUCUCCAUCUUCUCAAUCACCUCCUCCAAAACCAUCCUUUGGUGGUAGCAGCACCAGUAGUGGUGGAGGUUUCGGUUCGAAACCACAACCACCAGUUGUACCUUCCUCUCGUCCACAACCACCAAGUGUUCCACAACCUCGUGGUGGUUUCGGUGGUGGUGGUGGCAGUACAGCUCCUCCAAUUCCAUCCAGAAGAGAUCAACAAGAAGAAUCUCCACAACCACCUCCAUCACUUCCAUCUUUCGGUAGUAAACCAAGUGUUCCACCUCCAAAGGGAAAUGCUCCACCAAUUCCAUCUAGAGGAAUGAAUAAUAAUUCAUCACCACCAUCUAUGGAUACACCUCCUCCUUCAUCUACAUCAUCAUAUUCAUCAUCCACAUCUUCAGGAUUUAAUAGUAACAGUAGUAGAGGAAAUGCUCCACCAAUUCCAUCAUCUCGUGGUGUUCCUCCACCAAUUCCAGGAAAACCACAGAGUACAUCUCCUCCAUCUGUUGAUAAUUCACCACCACCUGUUAGAAGUCAACCAUCAUUUGGAUCAAGUUAUACUCCUCCUCCACAAGUUGGUUCUAGACCUGCAAUUACAGCAAAACCACUUGUGCAACCACCACCUGGAUUGGAUGUUCCAAUGGUUUCACCAUCUUCACAACCAAACGUUCCAACUAAACCAAGUCCAAGAACAUUUGGAAAUUCAACAACUACUACUAGCUCAUCACCUUAUGGUGGAAGCAGUGUUGGAAAAUCAACACCUCCUCCUUCUAUUCCAACUAAACCAAGUAUGAAUACUCCUCCACCUCCAAAUAAGCCAUCAAGAACCUACAGUCAGGAAGAUGAAGCUGAUGAAGCCAUUGAAAGAGCAACAAAUACUGGAAAUUCAAUUGCAAGUAGAAUGGGUUACAAUUCUGUAAAUCAAGUUCCUGAUAAUCAAUUUAAGAGUGUGGAAUCUAGUAGAAUUCAAUCUGCUAAUAAGGUUUCAGUUCCAUCAACAUCUUCAAAUGGUGGUGGUGGUGGUGCCAUUGAACAAUCAUCUGGUUCAUUUAUUGGAUUGGGUGAUCGUUUGCAACACACCUUCUUCAGUAAGAGUCCUAUUCCAUUGAAUUUGACAACUGCCAUGUACACAUCCAAGUGGUCUAAACCAAUCGAAACUGAUAACGGUGCAUGCGUCCCUGGUCUCGGCUAUGGCUUUAUCAAUGAUCGAGUUGUUGUCUAUUACACCAAAGCAGGUCAAUUAUCUGGUUUUGGAGCAAGAAUUCAUGAAAACACUCAAGAAUUGUACUGGCACAAAGUUGGACACCAAGAAUAUCAAAUUGAAAUUGCAACUCGUGAUCCCUCCUUUGCAUGUUCUGGAGCUUUUGAUCAUUCUGGAGGUUUAAUUGGUGAUCGUUUGAUUUUAGCACCAAAUAGUCAAAGACCUGUUGAGAUUCCACUCACAGAAACACAAGCUCAACAAAAAUCCUAUACGAAAGGAUCUUGUCUAACGGGGAUGGGAAGGCAUUAUGGGCUCAAUUUACUGAAUCAUCCGACAAUGACAAAGAGUAGUUUGACUCUCUUGCCAGUUGUUCCAAUGUAUGGUAAUGAUGGUUUUGUCUCUGCUAUUUUAUUCUUUACUCAUCAUUUCCAAAAGUGUUGGCCACUUGGUCAAUGGGAAGGACCUUUCGUCCCAGCUCUCUUUUGUAAAAACUUUUGUUCAGAGGAAUGCAUGAAAAACGAAAGUGCACUUUCCAUCUUCUCAACCAUGCAUUUCCUAUUCCAUGAUUCAAAAUCACCACUCAAUAAGUGUAGUCAAAGAUGUUAA